AUUAUUAUUAUAUUUUUUGUAGACCAUGUGUGGAAGUGAACAACAGUGAACAAUACCAACAAAUACCAUUGUCCAUUAACCUGCAUAGAUGUGCAUAGACCUGGACUGCAUUAAAUUGUUGAUAAGUUUGAUAAUAAAUAAUUAAAUUUUGUUAAUUAAAUCAAGUAUAAAUUGGAAACAUGGGGAAGCUAAAUGUCACGAUGUUGAGAUAUCUCACACGAGAAGAUUUUCGUGUUUUAACAGCGAUUGAAAUGGGAAUGAAAAAUCAUGAACUUGUUCCUGCUACAUUAGCAUCUCAAAUUGCAGAUUUACGUCAUGGUGGAGUUCAUAAAUUGUUGAGAGAACUUUGUAAACAUAAAUUGCUAAGUUAUGAACGUGGAAAACAUUAUGAUGGUUAUCGUUUGACAAAUUCUGGCUAUGAUUAUUUGGCACUUAAAACACUUGCAUCACGACGUGUUGUUUCAUCAUUUGGUAAUCAAAUUGGUGUUGGUAAAGAAUCAAAUAUUUAUGUUGUUGCAAAUGAUGAGGGUGAACCAGUAUGUUUAAAACUUCAUCGUCUUGGUAGAACAUGUUUUAGAAAUGUUAAAGAAAAACGUGAUUAUCAUAAAAGUAGAAAAUCAAUGUCUUGGUUGUAUUUAUCAAGAGUAUCAGCAACAAGAGAAUUUGCAUAUAUGAAAGCAUUGCAAGAUCGUGGUUUUCCUGUACCAAAACCAAUUGAUUUUAAUCGUCAUUGUAUUAUCAUGGAGCUGAUUGAAGGUGGACCAUUAUAUGGUGUUCAUGAAGUUGACAAUGUUGAAGAACUUUAUGAUGAGCUCAUGGAAUUAAUUGUAAGACUUGCAAAUCAUGGUGUUAUUCAUGGUGAUUUUAAUGAAUUUAAUAUCAUGAUGAAAAAUGAUGGAAAACCAAUAAUCAUUGAUUUUCCACAAAUGGUAUCAACAAAACAUCAAAAUGCUGAAUUUUUCUUUGAACGUGAUGUUAAUUGUAUUCGUGAAUUUUUCAAAAAACGUUUUGGCUAUGAAAGUGAAUUGUAUCCAAAAUUCACAGAUAUAUUACGUGAAGAUUGUGUUGAUGUUGAAAUAAGAGCAAGUGGUUUAACACGACAAAUGGAAAAGGAUCUUUUAUUAGAAAUGGGAAUGAAUGAGGAGGAAGAAGAAGAAGAUGAUGAUGAAGAAAAUGUAGAAGAAGAAGAAGAAGAAGAAACAGAAGACGAUAUAAAUACACAACCAUCUGAUGAACAUACAGAGGAACAAGUGUUUAACAGUGAUGAAGUUGAUAACCUACGUCAAGAAGUUGAAAAAUCUGUAGCUGAAGGUUUAAAUGAUGAAUCAACAAAUGAUACAGAUAAUGUAAUUGAUCCAGAAACAACUGAAUCAUCUGAUGAAGCUUCUAAUGAUGAUGUUGUUCCUGAAUUAGCAGACAUGUCACUUCAUAAUAAUGAAUAUUAUCAAGAUUACGAUGGUAGAAGUGUCAGAAGUGCAACAUCAGCUACAACAAUUGCACCAGAAGAUAUAAAAAAACGUACACAACAAGCACUUGCACGUAGAGAAAAAAAAGAAAAAAAUUCUCGAAGAUUAAGAGUUAAAGGAGAAGCAAGUGCACGAACUAGAGUACGUCGUGCUAAUCGUAAUGAAAUAAAAGACUCCAAGGGUAUCUGGGGUUAAAAAUAAUUAUCAUAAUGAUUUAUUAAUAAAAUAAUUAUAUACAUUAUCUAACUUUAUUAUUUUUUAUUCAUCAUU